CUUAGGUGGUGCUGACUCAAGAAGUUUACGAAGUACUCAGUUUCCAAAUAAGAUUUCGAGGUAAAUGAUUGAGUGAUAUUUUAGAGUAUUGAUACUUGGAUUCAUCCUGCUUGUCUUGCUCUUGUUCAUAAUCUUUUCAUUUAUCGGCAAGACUAGGGAAUGGUCCUUUAGAGUUAGUUACUUUGCUAACAAGCUGACUUAUGAAAGCUAUGAUGCUUCUACAAUCGACAUCAUUAAUGUAAACACGAAAGAUUGCAGGACUUUUAUCCUUGAAAACCCAGAUUCAUCAAAGAUCCAUGUUGACAUCAGUGCAAUUAGAUCCGCUCACAUAGAAAACAAGUUAGAAGGAGGAGAAUUGUUCCUCGAAGUUCACUCUGGGUCUCCUACUGUCCAAUGCUAUGUGGAGAUAAAGAUUCCAGGAGGCAAAUCCUUAUCUAGCCUCAAUUUUGAUUUUGUCGGUGAUAAAUAUCAAGAUAUUUUACUUUUUGAUUCAAAAGAUGGAAGCUCUUGGGGUACCCCUCUCUCCAUUAACACAAUGAGAGUGGUAAUUGAUGACUCAGCUCCCCAUAUCUUUUUCAAUAAUCAACAUCAGGUUGAUAACCUCAUCAUUAGUGGAGAUUUUUGUAUCUGAGAUUUUCAAAAGUUAAAAAUAAAAUCAAUGAAUUUCCAAAUAACUGUUGGGAGUUUAAAUAUUGUUCAAAAUUCUCAAUACUCAGAAAACAAAGUGACCGCCAAGACUCCUCUUGGGACUCAUUGCAUUGCUGGAGCCACAGUCCAUACAUCUGACACUUCAUGUCCAACUCAAGCUCAAAGAGAGCAAGGAAUUACUGCAACCACAAUAGAUACAACCUCAUAUUGUCUAUCAGAACUUUACGUGUGCUCAAAUUUAUCAACUUCAUGACCUGCCUCUGGAACUGUUGCUACUAGUGCCCAGGGUGAUUUCUCAUUGACACUCGACGAUGGCCCUAUCCAAUUCGUCAUUGACUCAUCCCCUACGACUGCCAGUGUCACUUAUGCUCCUACUCUGGAUACAUUAUCUGUGACAUCUCAGAAUCAACUUAGAACACAUAAGGAGGCUUUUAGUAGAGAUUCAAAAUCGACAAAAAUGUUUGUAUAUGAGAUAUCCAGUCCCAACUUUGCUCACACAUGGAUACAUCUCUUCUCGAAGCAAUACCUGCAAGCAAGAGUCUGGCUCAUUUCGAUUCUCUCCAUGAACCUCUUAAAACCAACAAUGGAGAAACACUCUCUUAUCCAUAUCCCAAAUGCAACUUGCCCUAAUGCUGCUUCAGGGUCUAUUGCAUCAAGUGUCUAUAUCUCUGAAAAGAUCAAGGAACUAAGCUACCUUGACUCAAAGCAUGUUGUUGCUGAACUGACCAAGGACAACUAUUACAGCUAUGAACUCACUGCUGAUAACAAAUUUGUGAAGGAAUCCAUCAGCUUCUUAGACAGCAACAUUCUUCUGAUCAUCUGUCUGAUAAUCAUGCUUCUUGCAACUUGAUUACUAGUAGUCUUAGUAUUCUUGAUAGCCAACAAACUGAAAGAAAUCAUUGACAAGAGCUACAAUAGGGAGCUUCAAAGAGCUAGAAGGUUCUCUAAAAUAAAAAGCAAUCAUUGCAAUAAUGGAAACACUCUCCAAUCUAAUGAUAAAGCAAACUCAAAGGCGAAGCAACAGCUACCAACAAAAGUGCUCAGGAUUGGAUUACUCACGACCAAAGUUGAAGACAGGAACUUAGUUCUUGAUGAAUCUGAGAAAAACAGUCUAAUGAAGAGAAUAGAGAGAAACAAGAUGAUUAGUCUGUCUUUUUACAAAAUCAUCAAUCUCGGAAUAGAUGCACACUACAGGAGAACAAUAGAUUCAUUUGUCACUUUCUUGAACUACAUCACAGUUGAUGAAGAAUAUUUCAUCACACAGGAAGAGGAGAAUCCCAAAGACUUACAAAGAAUAGCAGUGAGGUUUGAUAUCCUACAGAAGAUAUACUAUGAUUUCUGAACUAAGAAUGGGCUGACUCCAAGAAUCAUCAAAGAUCAAGAAAAGACACUUGAAGAAUAUGGGCUGGAGAUAAAGCCUUUGUCUUCCUCUACAACCUCAGUCUACACCAAAAUCAGAUGGAAGAGCUACUUUGAGAUGGCUAAGUAUGAGAAAGCUAAAGAAGUUAAAGGAGGAAAAGAUGAUGAGACUGACUUUGAAUCUAUCAGAAGACACUUCAUCGCAAUGAACUGAGCUGCCACCCGCUUUGAUUCAGAUUACAUUCUUCAAGAUGAACUUGCUAGAAAGUACGAAAGUUAUUGUAAAAGGAAUAAAAUUGAUGCUCUGAAGGCAGGAAAUAUACUGACUUGUCAAGAACUUACUGAGUUUGGCGCUAUAUACAAAGAGCAAUUUCAAAUUCCACAUCUUAUUGGCAUCACCAUAAGUACUGAGUUAAAAAUGAAGGAGAAGCUUCAAACACCUGAUGAGAGAAAACUGUACAAGAAAGUCAGGGGUCUCAUUAGAAGAGAAGUUAAAGAAGAUUUGAUUGAUGGUUUCACUGGCUCAGCGAAAAGAGUCUAUACCAAAGUAUCUAAACAGAUUUCAUUGAGCACCAUAAUCAGAACAUUUGUCAGAAUGCUUAUGACUCUGAUUGUUCUCUUCAGUAUUCCUCUGUUGCUGAUCAUCAACUUUGCAUGGUCUAUUCUUCAGAUAAAUUAUGUAAGAAGUGACAUCUACGCCCCUACUUUUGGAUUUGAAGAUUUAUUCUUCCCAAGCUCCACCGAAUUCUGGCUUGAUCACCUCAAUUUCAAAUGGGCUUUCUAUACUUAUAUUGGUAUUGGAAUUAUUUUCGUGUUCAUUGGGAUUUUAGAGUUUAUCUGAUUUCUUGCUACUGACAAAGAAGAUACAGGAAAAUACCCUGUAAUAAAAACAGGACCUAGAUGGAUCAUAUCAUCAUUUUUCUGGCUUUUACUCUGCUUCUAUGCUGGAGUUUAUAUUGCUUAUAUUGGAAUAGUCUUACUUUGGUGCAUUCUAGGAGCAAUACUAAAUCCUGAGGCCUUCCUUCCUCUUGCUUCAGGAGCUUCAGUAAUUAUUGGAUACUUCCUCUAUUUUUACAACAUAAUAUCCAACAUCGAGAAAACUUUGGAUAAUAUUGUAGGGAAAGUAAUUGAAGAGCAGCUCCAAUCUACCAUUGUAAACAGCUUGAGCAACAAUAAAAUAAUUUCAAAGAUAACUGAUGCAGCUGAUAAUUUGCCUCAAGUAACCUUCCAUACCUCAGUAAACGCUUUCUUAGCCAUCAACAAGGUAGAACCUCUUGAAAGAAAAAUUACUGAUGAAAUUCUCAAUGGAAAUGUAGAGUAUCUGAUAGAUACUCUCGACUCUAGCUUAGGAAUUGGCCCUGAAAUCUCAAAAGGAGUAGUUGGAACCAUCCUGGAUGAUCCUCUGAUGAUAGCAGAUUCCAUAAAAUUGUUUGCACAAAAAGCAGGAAUCAAAGGGUCUUACAUUGUUGAUAUUGUUGACCUGCUCUACUACCAUGUCACAAAUAAGAAUAAGAAUAAAGAGGAGACAACAAAGAAAACUGUUAGAAUUCUUAAGAGUAUAAUUAAGAGUAUUGUUCCGAACUUCAACCUUGAUCUGAUUGAUGUUAUGAUCCAAGUUCUUAUUGAAAAUGAUCUGACUCCAUUGAGGAAAGCUUUCAAAGGCUCAAAGGUCCCUCAUCAAGCAAAGACAAAUUUAAGGUCCAACAAAGUCUAUCUGUAUUGACAAAGAAGAUAUUACCAGAGAAGUUUUAUAAUCUCUUUAAUUCUCUGAACAAAAUUGCUACAAAGAAUAUUUUUGGAAACAAUAGUCAUCUUUAAAAAAAUUCUUGGUGUGGAUCCAUGAAUUUCUAUAGAACUCAUCUAUGCACUAUUCAAUGAUGAUGAAGAAACCGUGAGGCAUGCUGCUAUUAAAGGAAUUAAAGUCUUCUGACAAAGAAAGCUCAAAGGAGUAAAUUACUAUAAACUUCAGAGUUACUAUCUUGGGCUCAGUGCAAUGAUCAACUCGAAUGUUGCUGAUUUCUCCUCUUUAGCUAGCAACUCUAUCUUCCCUAUUUCUUUCAAGAAAUCAGAAAAACUCUACAAAGCUACUCAGGGAGACAGAUCUGCUUUAAGCUAUAUCUGAGAUAACCUUAGGAUAAGUGAGCAUAGUGCAAUCAUUCUUGAAAUUGAGGAAAUGAUGUCUGGGUCUGAAAUUAAUCUGAAACAAAUUUGCAAGAAACUUGAUAUGCCAUUACAGUCAAUCAACUGAUACAUUACUCUUAUUCUUCACUGUGCAGAAUGUAUUCUUGUGAUUUAUAUAAUGGACACAGAACAGUUGAUAUGACUAACCCAUAUCAUUAAUACUAUUAAGAAAUCCUUAGAUCAGCUUGACAUGAUUCUACCCGUUAUUGGCAUUGAAAAAUCCAGUAUUAAGUCUCUUAAGAAAAAAUUUUCGAAAAUUGAGAAGAAACUUGUCAAACUAAUCAAUAGAAUUAACAAUGUAAAUAAGUCUGACAGAGACAAAGAUCCUCAAGAAUAUAAUACAAACAAGAUCAUGGAUGAUAUCAGAGAUUUCAUCGAAGAAAUAACCAGAGAAGUGCUUGAUAAGGUUACUACAAGCGAGGUUAAAAAAUCAUACUUGAGAGCUUUCUCAAAUAUCUGCAUUUUCUUAUUUUACAGUGAACAUAAAGACAUCAUGUACAAAUCAGUGGAUCUUGAUACUUACAAUAAUUCUAUUAAUAUGAUAGCCUCAGUUUUGGGAAUAGAAAGUGAUAAGUUUCACCUUAUUAUUGAUAUACUCACAAAAGAUCCAUCUAGAAUUUUCAGAUUUGAAGACAAAAUUCCAAAAAUUGAUCCUUCUAAGCUUAAUUUCAAGGCAGAGAUUUCAAAAAGAAGGCUGAAUUUGAUUUCAGAGGUGCUUGACAUUUCUAUGAGCAACGUCAAGAGAACAGCUGCCCUUUGGACUUAUUCUCAAAAUAUGAUAAACACUGCUACAAUAACAUUUAAGAAGGAAGAAAAGGAGUAUAAUAUAAUGAAGUCUCUUGCUAAAAACAUUAUUGGCGUUGAUCAGCAGUUUAUUACCGUUCUGAUGAGACUAAAAGCAUCAGUUGAUAAGGAUAAGAUCACUCAAGCAACUCAGGAAUAUCUUGCCGAUUUCUUAGUAACUCUCUUACGCAACAAAGCUUCUAUUUUCCCUUCAUACAACAAUGAUGGUGGCCUGGAAGAUGAUUUCGACUGGGAUACUGUUGAUUUGAAUAAAAUAUGGAGAUUUGAGGAUCCUGAUAUUAAAUCAUUCACAUACUUUUUCAAAAAGGAGUUAGAGAAAUUGGACGAUAAAGAAAAAGAAGGAUUCAAGUUCUUUAAAAAUUAUUCUAAAGAAGAUUACAACAACGUUUUUAUGCUCCUCACAAAGCUAUCAGAGCUCAUUGUUUCUAAGAAUCCAAGAUAUUUUAGCAAAAUACUCAAAAUCAAUGAGAAGAGUUUGCUACUGGAUGGGAUAAUAGAUUUAUUUGAUCAGAAAAAUAUUGACUGAAUCAUGACUCUUGUUCUCAUUAGCCAUUGUGCUGAGUCAAAAGAUAUAUCCUCUUCCUCUCAAAUUGCUAAGAAAAUGCUCCCGGCUGUACUAUUAUUCAACAAAAGUGUUCUUAAAGAUACUUUUACUCAAAUGCCAAAGAGUAACCGAUUGUUCCGAGGUCUUACAAAAUUACUCAAGAGUUAUGUUGAUGAUAAGUCGAAACUAAAUGAACUCCAUACUUCAAUGGAUAAUAUGUAUCAUUUACUGUUUGAAGCAGGCUUCUUUGAUGAGCUUUGUGAUCAUAUAUUCGAGUAUUAUCCCAGCUAUUUCAACAGAAAAAUCGACCAUAAAAGGUUUACUCGCGCAUGGCUGCAUAUUAAUAGUGAAAACCCAAAGAGAGAAAAGGUCAUAAACAAUCUACUAAAUAUUUUCAAAACAGGUUAUACUGCGGAUCUCAAAGUUCUGAUAUCCAUUAUUAAGAAAGAUACUGGCUAUGAGAAACUUCUUGAAGAGUUCUUCACUAGCGUGAAGAUUCAUCCGAGUCUAGAUCCUGAAAAUCCUAAGAAUUGAUACAAAGCAUGAUACGAUCUGAUCAGCCACCAAUGAACAAGUCCUCAAGUGGUAUCAUCCUUCUUGGCAUGAUUCAAGGGAGAUGUUUCAAACCUUAAAGUACUCUACAAUGAGAUUGAUUUGGAUUCUGAGUGUUCAUCUUUGAUCUUCCCUCUCGCACUGAAAAAGAAAGAUAUUGACUACAAAUUAUUGGCUCAAAAAUUAAAAAUAAAAGAUGAGACUCUCAUGAGGACGAUAAUCACAGUUGCAUGAGGAAAGAUUGAGAUUUUAUCCUCUUUGAAGGAGAGUCAAUUACUAUCAAACAUGACUGAAGAGCUUCAAACUAUCUUUCCUCAAAAGAAACUCGAUAUCAUAAGCUCAGUGGUAACUUUGACCAAGGAGGUAUCCAAAGCUAGAAGAAAUCAAGGAAAGAUUGAUCUUACUAAAGUGCUCAAAAGUUGAUCAGUCCUUGCAGAUGUUAUUUUUGAUAACUUCAAAAAUGAACAAGUAAAUCAAAACGGAUCCUUAGAAAUGGAGAACAAUGAUUCCAGUGCUCUUGAAGGAGGGAGUCAGGAAGAAGAAUCAAAGUUCAAAACCCCAACACCCAUUAAUGAACCAUCAUCUGAAGAAGAGAAAAUGGAUUCUAGAAUUCAUGAUUCUUCCUCUCUUAUGGUAGAAGAUGAAGGAUACCCUCCUCGAGAUAGCUUUGAAAGAAAAUUUGGAAGAUCGGAGGAAAACAAUCCUCUGGUACCUUUAAUACUAAGAUUUAUCCUGUUCAGUGCAGGAGAUACAUCUGCAACUGAGGAAAUCUUUCAUACCCUCAAAAGGAAAUAUGAAAGAGUGCCAGGAGGACUCAAGAAUGAUAUGGUUUAUACAUUAGAGGAUAUUAAAAACUUCCCUGAUAUGAUCAGGAAAAGAGCAAGGGAUAAACUCACAUAUAAAGAAAUUUGGAGAGUUGGUAACAAAAAGACAGAAGAUAAAAUCUCAGAUGAUAUCAUCAAAACGAGAGAGGAUCUUCGCUCCAGGGAUAAAUCAGACUUGAAUAUCGGAUCUACCAAGAGGAUCAAUAUGUAUCACACUCUUCUCAAGAAAGAUAAAGUUAACAAGUUCCUCGAAUCAUAUAGAGUUAAUGAUUAUGAAUCGGAUGAAGAAAGAAAGGAAAUUCACGAUGAUAUCAUCAAGAUUAUCAGAGAUAAGAAAAUAAGUGACUUAUACUGUUCUUUCCUUUCCUCUGGCUACAAACAAGUCAGUCGGCCAUUCUUUUACUACAGAGAGUUUGAGGACAGCACUCCAAUAAGUCUAUGAUUACUUUGUGCCAUACAAUGUCAGGAACUCUCUUCUAUAAAACUCGAAGCUAAGCACGGGAAAUAUGUGUGAGAAUGUGGCAAACUUAAUGGUCUAUUACGAAAGCUAAAACUGAAAGGCAUCAAGAAAAACUCUCAAUCUCUCCCUAAUCUGAAAAAAUGCAGAUGAUACCACUUCAAACCAACAAAAGAGAGUGCCUCAAAGCAAGAAGAAAGUGCAGCACAAAAUGCCGAAGAUGUGAAUGCUCAUGCUUCUGUCACAACAAAUAUCGAAGAAGGCGAAGAGCUCAAAGAAGCUGAUAUUGCCAAAAGUGUUGUCUCAGUGAUCCAGGAAUAUCGGCUUAAUCCAAACCGUAAUUACACCAAAGAAAUACAAGAACUGGAGAAAAUACAUGAUGAAUUUGAACAAAUGGCAGAAGGAAAGCCGUCAAUUAGUAGAAAAGAAAGGAAGUAUAUUGGUAGCGACCAAGAGAUUUCCAGCUACAGUGAUUCAUAUGAAUACUCUGAUUAUACAAGAUCUGUCGGAAAUCCUGAACUUAGUGAAAUGAGUAGCGACUCAGCAGAGUCUGUUGUUGUGCCUCGCAAAGCAAUGAAGGAAGAAAGCAAGUUCUUCAAAAUGGAGUCAGACAGUAUGAGUGAUGUUGCUCUUCAAAAAGAACCAGCAAGAUCUUCCCAAGAAGAUCAAAGCUCAGGAGAUAGUUCUGGAAGAAGCCCGGAUCAGAAUAAGCCUCGAAAAGCUGUUCGGUUUGAUUCCGACAAUGGAGGUUCAGAUCAUUCUUAUGAAGGAGGUGAAAGCCUUGAAUCCGAAGAGGGUGAACAAAGUGAUAGUGGUGAUGAAGGAGAUCAACCAGAGUCUGAAGCUGAAGGAUCUGGCUCCCCAGAAAAUGAGGAGGAAUCAGUCGAACUUGAAGAAGUAUCUAAUGGCUCAGAACAAAAUUCAUCAACCUCCUCCAAUGGAGAUGGUGAGGGAGAAGAGGAAGGAGAUGAAAACGAGGUGGAAUCAGAGAUUGUUGAAGUUAAAUCUAAUAAACCUCUAGAGAGUGGAAAAGUAGAUAACGAUGAAAUUGAGUUAUACUUUGAGGAGCAAAGUGAUGGACCAUCUAUUUUCGAUCCAAUGGAAAUCAUCGAAAAGACUGAAAAAAAUAAUGUGAUAGAGCUUGAAGAGAAGAAAAGCAUAUCUGAAGUUACAGAGAAAACCACUGGCUUCACCAAAUAUGAACAUCUAGAUAUAAUUGAUAGAUUUAUCAAAGAUCUUAUUGAAGAAUACACUGCUGAAGACAAUUUCGAAUAUGAUCAGCUCUAUAUUAUGGACGAAGAUCAAGGCAGGAUUACCCACUUAUUCGAAAUAUUAUGCCAAGGAAUACUCUCUCCAUCAUUAGUCAAGUUUUUAGUGCUAAAGAAGACUGACGAUUCAGAUAUGUUUUAUCUAACUAACACAAUUGAUAAAUUCAGGCUAUUAGAAAGCAGCAACCUAUCCGAUAAGGUUUAUUCAAGUUAUACUGACUACAGUUUGAUAAUGUCAGUACUUGGACUAGUUCUUGGAGAUUACUCUAAUUUCUAUAACAAUUGAGAUGCUUUGCUAAAGCAUAUAUCUCCAGUAAUAAGAAAAGCAUCUGAAAAAGAUAGAAAACAAUCGAUGUUAAUAAUGUCUCUUGUACAUGGAGUUCCCUUCAACCCAGAAUUAGGCAUUCCUUAUAACGUUGAAUCUGAGCUAUCCAAGAAGAUUUUAACUAAAUUGUUCAGAAAGAAGAGCAAACUUGCAUUAGACCUGCAUACUUUCCUUUCAAGAGACCAAAAUGGACUACUUGAAGUUUGUAAAGACUCCUCACUGUUCGAUACUGACAAGAGCUAUGACCAAAGAGCUUUUAGCAUCAAACAAAAAAUUACGAAAAUGCUUUAUUCCAACUAUAAUCUUGAUAAAGAAAGCGUUAACUGGCUGAAAUCUUUGACUCAGUUGACUCUAGGGGAUUCUAGCAUGAUAGAGUUUAUAUCACAAAUAUAUAAUCUUUCACCAGCCUCUAUGGAUCUUCUCGGAGCAGUAGUAACACACAAAAUCGAAGAAAUGGAGCCUUUAUUCUACACAAUCAAGCAAAAAACAAAUUCCAAAAUCAAAAUCUCUACAUGCAAGACCUACGCCUAUCUCCUACACUCAGACAUCGGCGGAGCCUUCCUUUCCCUCUCUCCAGAAUCCCCAACCUCCUCCAACUUCCAUUCAAAACUCUCAAAAUUAACCAAAAUCUUCACCAUGAUCGUCAGUCCCUCCCACAUGUCCAAAAAGACCAUCAUCAAAAACCUCGAAUUCAAAAAUCCUGAAGACUAUGCUAGCUUGAAGGACAGUGAAGAUAUGGGCCUGAAGAAAACUUACAUAAUGACAAUGCGGCUUAUGAAACAAGAGCUUUCAGGGUUUGAAAUGAAGGAUUUGUUGAAGAAAUUGUUUAACGACUGGGGGUAUCCUGAGUUAGCUAAGUUUACUGAUGAUAUUAUGAAGUGGUACGCUCAUGCUUUUGCCUUUAUUGGGGCUUUGAAUGGAAAUAUACGAUAUUAUGGAUUCAUUUGAGACUUUUUCUUCUUUGGGAAUCAGACAUUUAUAUGAUCUCUUAUCGCUUCCAUGGCAAUGAAAAAAGAAGUGUUCUGUGGAUUAGAAGGAAUAUUUUCGGAAAACAUAGAGAGAAUUCUUAGAAUUCAUACUAUCCCUCUUUUCAAAAGUAUUUUGCUAAAAGAGGUUGAAGAUGUAGAGGAAAUUGUAGAUUCAAAAUACUUCUCUUUCCUUUGUGAUAUUCUUACAUGCAGUCUGACCAGGAAAAACCAUGAUAUUUUCAACUACAUUAACAUUGAAGAAAAGUUUGAUAAACUUAAAACUGGUUUGAAAAAUUCUGCUUUUAAAAUGAUUAAAAAUAUUGUUAAAAAGGAGUCCCUUAAAUUUAUCGAUGAAAUGAUCAAACUUUGUAUGCCCUACUUAGGAGGGGACAUGGAAAAGUUGAAUAUGCCAGAAAAUGUGGACUUUGAUGAUCCCGAGACAUACCCAUAUGAGAGGAUUUACCUUUGCUAUUAUAAAAAUCCAAGUGAGGACUCCAGUCCGAUAUCCUUGAUAUUUAAAGAAGAGAAUGACGAGGAAUCAAAGCAGUCUUCUUCAUCUAUAUUCGAAGAUGAAUUUGAUGGGAAAUCAGUAGUUCUCACAAAGCCUGCCACUAUACUUAGGAAAUUGAUCGAUAUCUCGCAGGGUAACUAUGAAUCAGUUCUGUUAUUCUUACAAGAUUUUUGAUCAAUUUAUUUCCCAGACGAGCUAGAUAUUAUUAAUUUCAUCUGUGAUUUCAAGACAGGUAUCGAGCAAAAACAGAUCAAAUUUUCAUUUGAAGAUAUUAAAAAAUUAUGAAGUAUAAUUACUUUGGGAAAGAUUGAGCUUGAGAAUGAGCAAGUGUAUAUGCUGAUAGCCUUCUUGUUGAGGCUUAUUAAUGAUGAGGAUGUAAAGAUUUCAGAUAGUAAUGUUAAGAAAUUGGCGAAUGUUUUAGCAAACCUUGUUGCUGAAGAAGGAGGUUCUCCUCAAAUUGAGAAAAUAAUCUUGUUGACAAUAUCCCUAUGUAAAAAGGAUUACUCUUCAAUUCCUGAGCUUUGUAAUGGACUUAUAUCUUCAGCAACUGUUGGAAGUCUUGUCUCUGAAUUCUUCGGAAUCCUUAGAAAAUGCAAAUGCAAUAUCUUUACUGAUAAGAAGUACAAUCUACCAGGCUUGGUAGCUGAUGUGAAGAGUUCUUAUUAUUUCGUUAAGCGAAAGUUAGACGAUCCUAAUUUUACUGCAAAGACUGGAAUCCAGAUGCUUUACAAUAACAUUGAAGAAGCCACAAAAGAUGUUAGAGAGGAUGUUAAAGCCAAAGCAACAGAAUUAGUUGAUCAUGUCAAAGCCUCCUCAUCUUCCUAUAUCAGAGAAGUCAUGUACAGAGAUUUAUUUAAAAUGUUUGAUAAAGACCAGAGCGGAGGAAUUUCCUUUGCUGAGUUCCAAGACCUCUGCAAAUACAUUGGAAUGGAUAUUGAUAGCGAGAGAUCCCUCAGAAUGUUUGCAAUAGCGAACACAAACAAAGAUAAUUAUGUUGAUUUUGAUGAAUUCCCUGAGCUGAUAAAACUACUGACAGAGCAAAUUGCUGAAGAAACCCUUAGAAACCUAGACCUGACAAAAGCAGACAUAGUAUUAUUCGGAAUUCUCACUUUGAUGUACCUAAUCGCCGCAAUCAUCUUCAUCCUACUCGGAAUCUACACUUUCAGCAGAGCAGACGGCUUCAACGCAGUCAUAAACUCAAUAUUCCCUCUCAUCGCAGGCGGAAUAGCUGCUUUCCGCAGUAGUGGUCUGUACAAAAAGGUCGAAGAGGUGAAAGAGUACAUUGAAGACUUUAUCAGAAAAAUGAGGAAAAUAUAAAGCUCAUAUUUUACCCCAAAAAUAAUUACUUACCUCAA